AUGGUCACCCACCAAGGCCGCAAUCUCGUGCUGGCCCCGCCAGUACAGAACUUCCUUCUCUCCGACUCGUGGAGCGCCGAGAUGACCUAUCUAGCGGAGAACGGCAUUCCCGCCAUCGGCGACAAGGAUUUUGACGACCUUAAGUAUAACGACCUGAUCUCGUCGAAGCCAUUGUACUGGCUGGCACGCAGCCACGAAGACGAUGAGUGGACCAUUGGAGCGGAAGAUAAGCUUCGAGGUGCGUCGAUCAGCAAUAUCGCGAAGGAGUUCGUGAAGACCAGUGGGUUUCCACACCUCGCUUUCCACGUCGACAGCUCUGGACGCAAACCCAAAGAUGUGUUCGACGGUGCACACGACCCGGUGAAUGACGCCGCAAUGACACUCCUCAACGCGAUCGGGUGCGCGAUCGAACAUGCAGCAUAUGAGGGCAUACUGGACCGCGACGGAAAGCCGAUGUCGUGGGAUUCGACUCCACCAGUGACGCCUACCUCGCCAUGGCACAUCGCCGCUGUCGAUACGGAGGGCGCCAACGUCCCGCGCAAGACCGUCCUGUCCGAAUGGGGUACCGUCCAUCUGCGGCACUAA